AUGGAUGUUGAGAAUGCAAACGAGUCUGCGGACAAGCGACAAUCGCCUCGGAAAACUCUGACAGGGAGGUUUGGUAACCUCAAAAUUACAAACCACCCAGAUAAUAUGCCAACCACGGUCACAUUAAGACCAGACAAUUUCCUCAGACAGCGUGCCAUCGGCAGCCAGGGUGAAGCUGGACGAUCGCACCGGACAGAAUGCUAUAUCCCAAGACAGAUGCCACCGCAGAGAAAACGGACAGCAGAUGGAGCGAUCAAGCCCCAACCAGCGUCGGCCCUAAUUGACCUCAGGAAUGACUUUCUGCCGCACGACAACUACCGAAGAGCCCCCGAUGUGAGGUGGAAAAUGGAUUUGGACAUCUUACAGCGCCGUAUCGCAGUGAUCGAGGCACAGAAGCAGGCCAGCUCUCACCACCGAUCGAGUCCGCUCCGAGCGCGAGGAAGGGAGCAGCGAGUGGGACCGGGUCAAGGGUGGCAACGGACGAGAUACAGACAAGAUCCCGAGACAGAAGACAACCUGAUGGACUGGAAGGAGGUGGCCAUUCGAUAA